UAGAAAAUUUUUAAAUAUCACAGAAAUUUUGUUAUAUUUUAAAAAUUAUUUUCAAAACAUUUAUUUUAUUAUUAUUUUGAAAUCUUAACAUAUAUAAAACAAUGGCUUUACAACCUUGGGAACGCAUUGCCUGGAGUCCUGAACAUGAACAGAUUAUUUAUCGUGAUUGGGGUUUGUUUUAUACCCACAAACAACAGCUAGAUAUAGCGGUGCAUUAUUACAAUAAGUCCCUAGAAUUGAAAAGCGAUGAUCCCAAGGCAUUGUAUUAUCGCAGUCGUUGCAAGCGUAAUAUAGCCCAAACCGAGGGAGCUUUGGAAGAUGGUUUAGCAGCGAUGGCUAUUGAUGACAAUAAUGCUCCUAUAAAUCUGGAAAUUUGUGAUGCCUUGUAUGAGUUAAAUAAGUUUGAAGAUUACAAAGUACAAUUGCAUGAUAAUGCACGUAAGUUUUUUGGCAAAAAAGUAGCAGCCUUUCUGAAUCGUUUGGUAGUGGUUGAUGAAAACUUUAAAGAUACAAUUGGUGAAACUUUGGGUCCGUUCAUUUUGAAAAAUGAGAAGCAUUUUGCUGCUGUUUUGGAGAAAAUUGAACGUGAGAAGCAUAUUGAUCCGAGGCCUUUGUGGAAAAUUUUAAAAGAGCAGGAAAAGUGCGAUGUUUUGAGUAUAUUAGAAAAAGAGGUAAAUAAAGAUAGUUAG